GAUAGUAACUGUACUUUGUGGCAAUCGGAAUUGCUCGGGUGUGACAGAAGAGGAAGUCAAGAUAAAACCUGGAGGCGGUUAAGGGUGAGCAAAUCAGCUGGAGUGGAGUCCUGGGUGGACUCGGUGGUGGUGGGGGGUGAGGAACUGGCAGUGACUCGCUAUGAACGCCAGCGUUAACGUUGAGAGGAAUUCCUGGCGGUUACCUCCUGAUGAGACCGUCCAGGUGGCUGAUCCUCGAUCGAAAGAUGAAGUUAAAGAUGAUCUCUAUGGUGACGGUGGUCACAACUGGAGAAGUAUUAUAUUUUCACUUCUCGUAAUUGGAUUUGUCAUUGCUGGCAUAGUUACCGCAAUUUACCUUCUCGGGUAUGUCGACGAGCUUUUGUACUGGAGCGGUAGACGUCUCACACUUGAAGAGUGCCUUCGAGAUGACCUUUCACCACAGCGGUUGCCACCCGCCUGGGUAUCUCAUGAUAAAUUCGUUUAUCAAGCGGAUGAUGGCUCAUUAGCCCUCCUUGAUACACUCAACAACUCCGUGGCACUAUUAGUAUCAAAUCAUACCCUUAGACAGUUGAACGUUCAAGGCUACCAGUGUAGCACUAAUCUUCGUUACGUACUAUUCAAACACGAUGUCAAGCCAGUAUUUCGAAACACUUUCACCGCUCUUUACACAGUCUACGAUGUCACGAAUGAUCAUCACACACCCCUUCGUCUCCACGCAUCCCCGCGAGUACAACAGACACGACUGCAGUAUGUCGCCUGGUUGGGCAAUACAACAGCAUUACUGAUGAUAUCUGAUAACAAUAUAUUCUUAAGAAUGUCGCCAACGGCGCCAGUAGACAAGAGACUGACUGACACUGGAGUGCCUGGAAUUAUUUACAACGGUGUACCAGACUGGUUAUAUCAGGAGGAAGUACUACCAAAAGCUGAAGCAUUGUGGCCAAGUCCCGAUGGACAGCGUCUUUUAUAUGCCACAUUUAAUGAUACCAAAGUAACGACUCUACAAUUUCCCUGGUUUGGUAAUCCAACGAGCUCGGACGCCGCCAGUUCGAAUCCGUCUGGCAUACCGCACAGAAUCACCUUUCCACCCUCCAAGUCAGUGCGUUAUCCUACUCCAGGCUCAUCAAAUCCCGAGGUCACUCUGUGGCUAGUGGAUCUCAAUAAUUCCACCGACAACACUAAUGAAUCAUUAAUAUCGGAAUUUUCACGUGCCGCUGUUAAACCACCGGCUGUAUUCGAUGGCCAGGAUUUUUAUUUAAUUUCGGCUGGAUGGAUGGACGAUGAUGGGACGCAAAUUGGGGUUGUGUGGAUGACAAGAUCGCAGAAUCUCACUGUAGUAUCGGCCUGUCGUAUGCCAAAAUGGGAGUGUGAGGAGAUUCACUCGGAGCGUGCACCCGAGGGCCAAUGGCUCGAUGCUCAGCCGCAUCCCCUGUUCUCACCUGACGGUGACAGUUUUCUCCUGCUCGCUGGGGUGCAGGAGGGUGGCCAGGAGCACUUUACCCAUAUCAAACACGUUACACUCACCCAGCAACGAAUUGCUGUACUGUCACAUGGUCGAUACGAGGUCAGUGAAAUACUCGCAUGGGACACCAGAGCACACUUGGUUUAUUACCUCGGUACCAGAGAACGUAAUCCAGGACAGAAGCAUUUGUACGUGGUGCGGGAUCCAACGACUGACGACCCCCGACGAUUGGAGCCACUCUGCAUCACUUGUGAUUUGGGGGAUGUUCUUUGGAGCAGUAGAUUCUACUACACGAAUUGCACGAGUUUCGGUGCCUCUGUGAGUGUUUCGAGUGAGACAAGACAGGGGUAUUAUGUACUGCAUUGUGAGGGGCCUGGGCUUCCGCUCGCUGGAGUGCACUCGGUGACGACUCACAAAAUGGUACGGGUGCUUUACGACACGAGAGUACAACGUGCCGAAAGACUGUCACAGCUCGCAUUGCCGAAGAGAAAAAGUUUCGAGGUGCCACUGCCACAGGGCUGGCGUGCCCAAGUGCAGCUGCAAUUACCACCCUCGUGGCGUGAAGAACUCAGGGAUGCUGCAUUUCCAGUUCUUGUUGAAGUUAAUGGUCGGCCAGGUAGUGAGGCAGUUAGUGACAAAUUUUGUAUUGACUGGGGCACAUACAUGUCAAGUCACAAUGACGUUGUUUACGUUAGGCUCGAUGUGAGGGGUGCACGGGGACAGGGCAAACGUGCACUGUUUCACAGAAUUGGGGGGGUUGAAGUGCAAGAUCAAUUGACUGUACUCAGAUAUUUACUUGAUGAAUUCAAGUAUCUCGAUGAGACUAGGGUGGGAGUGUGGGGCUGGGGGUAUGGGGGCUAUGUCACUGCCAUGCUACUCGGCAGCCAGCAGAAUAUAUUCAAGUGCGGAAUUUCGGUGAAUCCAAUCGCCGAUUGGUUGUAUUACAAUUCAGCCUUCACGGAACGAAUUUUAGGGGCACCAGUAGAAAAUUUCAAGGGUUACGUCGAGGCAGAUUUGACUCAACGCGCCAGAUUGGUACCGAGUCACAGUCUCUACCUUAUUCACGGCCUAGCUGACCUGACAGCGCCUUAUACACACGGCAUAGCCCUCUCGAAAGCUCUGUCUGAUGCUGGUAUUAUCUUUAGGUAUCAGAGUUACGCGGAUGAAGAUCACGCCCUGACAGGCGUGAUUGAGCACGCUUAUCGUUCCAUGGAGGACUUCUUUACUGAGUGCCUCACCCUGGAUGCCUCCUAGUGCCUCAAGACGAUUUCUCCUUCGUCAAACAUACCGACUCUUCUGCUUGUAAUUGAUAAAAUUUGAGCUAUUGAUUCGGGGAUUCGUAUUCUUUUUUUAUCGAGUUUAUUUCAUUAAUGAAAUUCAUCA